AUGCUGGCCGCCAAGUUCUCUCGUUCUGGGGCCUUUGUUCAAUGUCUGUUUGGAUGCCAGUACCAUGGUCCAUCAGCCGAUCAAGAAAAAUCAGAUCUGAUCCACCGCUUCCAGGAUUUAGUCCAGAGCUCAGCCGUGCAUGUCGAAAUUUUAGAACAAGAGGACCCAAUCAUCCCGGGCUAUUUUGGCACAGUAUUCAUGGCAUAUUGGAGACGGGAAACAGACUACGAGGGAUGGUGGAAUAGUGAACUGGUUGUACAUUUCUGGAAAUCACUGCCAGAUAACGCAGGCUUCUGGCGUGAGAAGCUGUCGUUCCCAGCCUCUAGAGUUUUAUUCGAGACAAACAAGCGUAUCACAAAUGGAUUUUCGCACGUGGCCAAAUUCGAGCCGCUCGUGGAAAAAUCAGGAUAUUGGGGCGCUUAUCGUGAUCGCAUCGAAGAGUCAACUCCCAGUGAUAAACUUAGCUCCGAUAUUGAGAUUGGGAUCCCUGCCCCUACGCCGGCUGCAGAGCCAGGGUUACGACCUCAGGUCCGCCUGGGCCGCACGGCAAUUGAACGGUUUCCAGACAACAUUUGCUUCUUGGUCGAAGGCCAGGAUCAUAGUGCAAUGGAGGCCCCCGAGAAGAAAUACUGGUUUGAGAAAUUUGAGGAUCUUACCAACGACUGGAUCGUGACUUCUACCACUGCGAGCCAUGAGGAGGGGAUAAUCUCUGCUCGGCUCUGUCAUUCUAUUGAAAGUGGGCCUAACAAGCGCUUGGAUUUGGAUAUGGAUAUUAAAUCUGACAAAUUGCCGAAAGCGCUGACUUUGAAUCGGAGGGUCGAACUGUUUUACUUUUUUGAUAUGUCUUAUUUGGAGCGCAUUAGUCGGAAAUGCAAUACCCAUGUUGCUCUUAGGCGCAACUUUAUGGAUGCAUAUGGGCAAGGCGGUGUGAUGCAGGACGGUAACAUACUGUUAUGGGUGGAUGUUGGCAUUUUGAAGGGCACGGAUAUGGAGGCUGAAUAUAUCGGGUGUUAUGAAGGGACUGGUUUCUUAGCCUAUUGGGAUCAUCCGGGAUUUUCAGCUAACUAA